UGGUCCCAACUCCCGGCCACUUGCGGAGGUAGAAGAAAUUAAGGUCUACAUAAUAUAAAAAGAUCGAGCUUGACUGGUUGGACACCAAGAAGUAGACAAACCUCCUCAAACAGAGGAAAAAGGUGAGGGUGUGUCACUCUAGUAAGUCUUCAACUAAGUUACCAAAAGUAUGGCUGAGGAAGAAGCAGUUGAUGGAUACACGCAGGACGGGACAGUGGAUCUCAAAGGGAAACCCGUCCGGAGAUCCAACAGUGGUGGAUGGAGGGCUUGCUGGUUUAUUGUCGUGUACGAGGUUUUUGAACGCAUGGCAUAUUAUGGUAUAUCCUCCAAUCUGAUCUUAUAUUUAACAAAGAAGCUCCACCAGGGCACGGUCACCUCCUCCAACCAUGUCACCAAUUGGGUCGGAACCGUUUGGAUCACUCCAAUCUUGGGUGCUUAUGUUGCUGAUGCUCAUCUCGGCCGUUACUGGACGUUUAUCAUUGCGUCAGUAAUUUAUAUCUCGGGAAUGUCACUACUAACAUUGGUUGUUUCACUCCCGAGCUUAAGACCGCCUCGUUGCUUAAAGACCGAUAUGGAGAACUGUAAGAAGGCUUCGACAUUACAGCUAGCCGUGUUUUAUGGUGCACUCUAUACCUUAGCCGUCGGAACAGGCGGAACCAAGCCUAACAUCUCCACCAUCGGAGCAGACCAAUUUGAUGAUUUCGACCACAAGGAGAAAGCUCACAAGCUCUCCUUCUUCAACUGGUGGUUUUUCAGCAUCUUCCUUGGGACAUUCUUUGCCAAUACGGUGCUUGUGUGGAUACAAGACAACUUAGGAUGGACCUUAGGAUAUGCGCUUCCGACUCUUGGACUUGCAAUAUCCAUUAUGAUUUUCUUGGCUGGCACACCCUUCUACAGACACAAGGUGCCCGCAGGCAGUCCCUUCACGAGGAUGGCCAAGGUCAUUGUGGCUGCUAUAAGGAAAUGGAGGGUGCGUAUCCCUGAUGAUCCGAAAGAGCUCUAUGAGCUUGACUUGGAAGAGUAUGCCAAGAAAGGAAAGUUCAAAAUUGAUUCCACACCCACCUUGAGGUUCCUUACCAAAGCGUCUGUGAAAACAGUCUCAACUAAUCCAUGGAUGUUGUGCUCAGUUACACAAGUAGAAGAGACCAAACAAAUGGUACGAAUGAUCCCAAUCUUGGUUGCCACGAUUGUGCCAAGCAUAAUGAUUGCCCAGAUCAAUACUCUUUUUGUUAAGCAAGGCACCACUCUUGAAAGGGACAUUGGGAGCUUCAAAAUUCCCCCGGCAAGUUUAGCUGCAUUUGUAACCAUAUCCAUGCUUAUCUCUGUCAUGCUCUAUGAUCGGUUUUUUGUUAAGAUUAUGAAAAGGUGGACUAAAAACCCUAGAGGGAUCACUCUUCUUCAAAGAAUGGGAGUUGGCCUUGUUAUCCACAUUAUGAUUAUGAUAAUUGCAUCUCUAACCGAGAGAUAUAGACUGAGAGUGGCCAAGGAACAUGGGUUGGUUGAAAAUGAAGGACAAGUUCCCCUGACCAUAUUUAUUUUACUUCCUCAAUUCGUGCUUAUGGGAAUCGCAGAUGCAUUUCUAGACGUUGCCAAGGUUGAGUUCUUCUAUGACCAGGCGCCAGAAAACAUGAAAAGUCUCGGGACUUCCUAUUCCAUGACCACUCUAGGAGUGGGAAACUUUAUGAGUAGUUUCCUUCUUUCAACAGUUUCUCACAUCACCAAGAAGCAUGGUCACCGAGGAUGGAUUCUAAACAACCUGAAUGCUUCCCAUCUUGAUUAUUAUUAUGCAUUUUUCGUGAUACUUAACUUCCUGAAUUUCAUCUUCUUCUUGGUUGUGAUUAAGUUCUACGUGUAUAAGGCUGAAAUUUCGGAUUCAAUACGAGUGCUGACAGAAGAAUUGAAGGGGAUGACAGUAAAGGUAGCUAACCAAGAGGAAUCCGUGAGGUAGGCGCGGGGGAGGGGGGGGGGGUGCCUUACUGAUGGGAAACAAUAAAGGCCAUACAGAAAUCAAAGCUCUCUUUGUGGACAGACCUUUCAGAGAGGUCGAAUUAUUGGUAUAGCUUUGGGAUAGUGUUAUCUCUGAUUUUACUUUACCGCAAUAAGGAGAAUAUAAUGUUUAUACUUCGGUUACUGAUAAGAAAUGCAAUAUAGUUGUAUACGUGUGUGGAUGACAAGAAGUGUUCUUCUUGGACUUCUUUGUAAAAUAACUUUACAUAAUAUUUUAUAAUUCUCAAGAUCUUUAACUA